AUGGGCCUGUCUGCCACGUUCAAUAAGGUUAGCGUGUACUUUGUAGUGGCUACCAGUCGUCUGAUGAUUGGGUCCACCAACAACGGCUACGCCUGUUUUGACUACAGUGAAGGCGAGUCAACGACGGCACUGACGAUGGGUUAUUGCGAUGCGCAGCGACACCUCGACGUGCUGUCGUCCUGGCCGCUGGAGGAGAAUCCCAGCUUCUACCAGAGGCGGCGCUUCCGGUGUAUCUUUGCGAACCGCAGGUACCCGGACGAAGGGCCAACUUCUCAAGCGCAGCUGCCCUGUGGCGACGAGGCUGCAGCAGUCGACGUGGACAUGCGUUCCAUUGACCGCUAUGCUUGA